UCACACACAGGCACCGACAGCUCCCACCGUAAAUCGGUUCAUCUGAUCAAUCAAAAGAUGAAAAGCUUUGCACAGGUAGAGAAAGUGAAAGCAGGUAGAGAGGAGGUGAUUUAAGAGCAGAGCCGACAGCCUCUUAUUCACCUGAGCUACGCAGUUGGAUGUUAAUCAACAGAUGCGCUGACAGACACGAUGGACAAGUCCACUAAAAGCCCGGAGGAGGACACAGUGUCCCUGAAGAGCAACGGGAAGAUGCCGGCCUGCGGUGUCACGAAGGAGAAGCAGGGCAUCAUGCGGACGUUCAGAGAGAGCGUCCGACGCACUGUAGCGAAGAACCCACUUUCACCUGAAGGCAAAGGGUCAAAGGUCAAACCCAAGGAAGACACAUCUGGAAAAGAGUUGGGGUUAAAAACGCCUCCCUCACCCAGUCCGAGCGCCGGCUCUCCGGUUAAAUCUCCUCUGAAGAUGAUUGGAAACAUCUUCCAGAGCAAACAGGAAGACGAGGGUGACGUCACUCAACAGAAAAGCAAACCUAUAAAGCGAACAAAGACAGAUCCCAACAUGUCGGCGACCCAUGAAUAUUUCACAAGAGGAAACUUAACUCAAAGUUUGAAUUUCGGCAGGAGGUACAAAAAUAAAAACGCUAAAGAAAAUAAAGCUGUCCCUGAAGGCACCUUGGAGGAGAAGGAGGAGGAGAAAAAGGAAGAGGUGCUGACAGAGGUCGAGGAGACGUACACACUGCCAGAAAUACCCCACACUCUGCUGUCAGUGAUGGAGAUCAGCAAACUGAUAGAGAUGAAGGAGCUGGAGGAUUCUCACCUUCACCUGCUCGCCCUGCGUCAGGAGUUCCAGCAGGAAAAGGAGCGCUGCGGCGAGGUUUCACCCGUGGAGUUCAUGAAGAAGGAAAAAGACCUCAGCCUCCUCUAUGGAAACCUGAGGAACAAGAUCACCGCCAUAGUGCGCGACUCCAACUCUCUUCCCUUCGGUAACGAAGAACUGCUGCUCCCCCUGGCCCGCAUCAUCCAGGAGGAGGAGAAGAGAGCUGAGGAACCGGGAAGUCUGCAGGGCAGCUGGAUGGAGGCCUGGAGGGAGGCGGUGGGCGAGGGGGUGAAGGCGAAGCUGGAGAGCGUGCGUCUGGAGCAGAGUGAGCAGAGGGAGCAGAAGCCCUCCUGGCUGGCUGAUCACCUGGGUUUGCUGGGUAAGACCAUCGUGGAGGACUUGAAGAACGUGAAGAGGAAGCUGCGGUGGUCUUACCCGCCCAGCUUCAAAGUCUUCGGCACCUACGUGACGAGUUACCACCGCGGCGUCGCGCAGCAUCUGAAGAAGCUGGAGCAGCAGGCGACGGAGCUGAGGGAACUGUACAGUCUGCUGGACUGGAUCAUCAACAUGUACAAGAGCGAGAGCAUUAUGGGAAGUCAGUGCCUGCAGCCGGAUAUGAACGAUGAAAGCACCGAGCUGCAGCUGGAGGAAAACUUCCUGAAGCAGCUGAAAGACAAAUUCUGCAGCAGAGCGAAGGACGACAUCCGGUUUUCACUCAACAAACUCAUUGAACUUGAAAUUGAAGAAUUCUGGGGGGUCAAAAAUCAUCCAGUAACGGAGGAGAACUACUUUGACUCUAAGAUGCAUAUGGACAUCUGGACGAGAAUGGAGGGAGCUGUUCAAAACUCUCGAGCAAUUGAUGCCCAGCUGGAACAGAGAGUCACGUCUUCCUACCUCGAGGAACUGAAACCGUUUCCUAAACGGUUUGAGUUGGAGUUCAACCGUCACUGCGGCACUCUCAAACCACAGCCUCUUUGGACAGAGUAUCAGAUAACGUACAUCAACACCUUCACUGUUUUACAGCAGCACAUGGAGGGAUACCUGGCCACCUGUCCAGGUGAGGUGGAAGACUUCAGAAUAGAGGUGAAGCGUCUGAUUGUCAGGCUGCUGCAGGGCCUGGAGGACCAGUUCAAAGAGGAGGUCAAGCCCUAUCUGAGGGGGAUGAUGACGAGGAAGUGGCUGAAUGAUGACAGCGACUUCACUCAGCUUUACAAACGAACAGAGACUCUUUCCCAGCACUGCGCUCACAUGAGGCCUCCGCACCUCCAGGAGUUUGCAAGUCGGUUGCACUACCAUGUGGUGAGGGAAUACAUCGGCCAGCUGAUGAAGAAUAACUACUCGUGCAAGAACCGGAAACACGAGAAUGCUGCGAGCAAGAUCCGUCACCAGUGGAAUAAACUCGAUGACGUGUUUGAUGAUAUGGAGUUGACUCACGAGUGGCUGCAAUCAGUAGGAGAAGACCUGUGUAACAUCAUCGGACAGAAGAACAAGACGGACAUAAAGAACCACAUUGAACCUUUAGUGAGGCAGUACCCCGACUUCAGCAAGAGCCACCUGGUUGCUGUCCUGAACUUCAGAGGCCUGGUGAGAGGCCGUGAAUACCAGCUGAUCCUGCAGCGAUUCACGGAGCUCAAGAAAAAACUGAGCGGCGGCGGCGGCGGCGACAGAAGCCGAGUUUUUUUUGGCGACAUGCAGGUGACCACCAAUGCAGACUGCUUGUCCAAUCUGCCGUUCUCCUGCUUCAGCGUCCUGCUGCCAAACAACUGAUGAAACACAGAGGAGGAAAUGUUUUAUGGAAGAGGAAUAACAGCUGAAGACGGGGAUUUGUGACAGUU